UUCAGUUAGCGAUCAGAGACGCGUCGGCUCGAAGGACCAGCUGCUCGAAACCGAUCGAGAGACGCGCGAACAUAUCGUCCUUUUUUUGAUUUGCCGGUAUUUUUAAUAAAUUCGGACAGUUUUUUUGCCGAAUUUUGUAUUAGUGAGAGUUACAGAACAAUAAACAUUGGUCAUUAAAGAAGAAAAAAAAAAUGAGGAAAAUAUUUUAAUACCUAAUUUGAUCAAAAACAACCUCAAGGCCUAAUCUACAAAAAUGACUCACAAUCACCACGAGAACCUCUCCAUGAUGGACGCGGUCACCACCAAAUACGGCCGUACCACCUUCGUCACAGUGUCCAAAACACUAGCCAUAAUUCUCGUAGUGAUAUUCUUCAUCUGCCUCAUAGCAACCGGACUGCUAGUGUACAGCUUCUCGUCAACGUGUUCCACGAACGAUACAGUGUCUCUCGAGAGUGAAGCGCUCAAAGUGACAGACAACACUAGUGUUUUAUGCGAACCAAACCGGAAAGACAGUGUUAAAAAAGUGUAUAGUGAACCUGAGUAUGUUUCUCCUACAGUAUUAUUAACCACAACUCCAACUUCAACAAGAAAACCACUAACAGAACCAUCUUCAACAAAAGCUUCUCAAGAUACGGAUAUUCGGUUACCAAAAAGCAUUGUUCCUGAGUACUAUACUCUUCAUCUGGUACCGUUUAUUCAGGAAGGGAAUUUUACAUUUAACGGGGAGGUUACUAUUCGGAUUAAAGUACUCAAUUCUACUGAUAAUAUUACUCUACACGCAGAUACGUUGAAAAUAGAAAACGUUGGAGUUAUGAAUGUUAAAAAUGAGAGCGUAUCUGUUAAAGAUGUCAGAACAGUAGAAGCAAAAGAGUUUUUGGUGAUAGAUUUAGAUGAAGAUUUAGAUCAGGGUCAGCAAUACUAUGUUCAUAUCGUGUUCAAGGGAAUACUAAAUGACAUGCUUGAAGGAUUCUACAGAAGUAGUUAUGUGGAAAAUAAUGUAACCAGAUGGCUUGCUGCCACUCAGUUCCAAGCUACAGAUGCCAGAAAAGCCUUUCCAUGUUUCGAUGAGCCAGCAUUCAAAGCUAAGUUUCAAAUUAACUUAGCUAGACUAAACAAUAUGAGCACUAUAUCGAAUAUGCGAAAAAUUGGAACAACUGAAGAAGUAAAAGACCUUCCUGGUUAUGUUUGGGACCAUUACGAAGAGACCUUAAAAAUGUCUACAUACUUAGUGGCAUUUGUCGUAUCCGAUUUCCAUUAUAUCAGUAAAGGGAUCUUCUCGAUAUGGGCUAAACCAAGCUCAUUGGCACAGGCUAAUUAUAGUUUAGAAAUUGGACCAAAGAUUCUGAAAUACUAUGAGAUGUUUUUUGGAAUUAAAUAUCCACUUCCCAAGGUGGAUAUGGUGGCUAUUCCAGACUUUUCAGCUGGAGCAAUGGAGAAUUGGGGAUUGAUUACGUACAGAGAACCCGUACUACUUUACGAAGAAGGUAUAUCUAGCAAAUUUAAUAAGCAAAGAGCAGCUCACGUAGUAGCACACGAAUUAGCUCAUCAAUGGUUUGGCAACUUAGUGACACCUGUUUGGUGGGAAGAUCUUUGGCUGAAUGAGGGAUUUGCUACCUACGUUGAAUACUUAGGAUCCCAUUUUGUAAAUCCAAAAUGGAAAGACUUGGACUUGUUUUUGGUUAACGAACUGCAAGAAUCUUUAAGUUUAGACGCUUUGAAGUCAUCGCAUCCAAUUUCAGUGAAAGUCAACAAUCCUGACGAGGUUGGAGAUUUAUUUGACAAAAUUUCAUAUUCUAAAGGAGCAUCCAUAAUAAGAAUGAUGAAGUUUUUCUUAGGUAAUGAAGUGUUUCAGAAAGGCUUAAAGAAAUAUUUGGAGAACAGAAUUUACAGUAACGCAGAACAAGAUGAUCUCUGGAACACACUAACAGAAGAAAGUUUAGAAUUCAAGGUAUUACCAGAAAACGUCACUGUCAAAGAAAUCAUGGACACCUGGACACUUCAAACCGGAUAUCCGGUAGUCACAGCAAUCAGAGAAAAAAAUGGAGACUUGAAAAUAACCCAGGAACGAUUUUUGUUGGACAGAAAAGAGAAUGAAUUAGAUAAAACUCUAUGGUGGGUUCCCAUAACAGUGGUAGAUGACGAUAAUAAAACAAAGAAGACCUGGUUGAAAAACGAAAGACAAAUUGAAAUAAAGCAAGCAUUGUCUCAGGAUAAUAAAUGGUAUUUAGUCAACCUUCAUCAAAAUGGAUAUUACAGAGUGAAUUAUAACGAGGAAAAUUGGAAAGCCAUAGUGGACCGUCUCCAGGGUAACGGUCAUCGACAUAUUCACGCUAGAAAUCGUGCCCAAAUCCUAGACGACAGCUUCAAACUGGCAGGGGCAGGUUACCUGAGCUACGACAUAGCCCUCAAUACGACCCUGUACUUGAGAUUCGAAAAGGAAUACGUGCCAUGGAAAGCGGCCCUGACCAACUUCCAAUUCAUCUACAACAUGUUCGUCAGGAGUGGCCAUUUUGACAAAUUUAAGGCUUACGUCACAGCCCUGAUCGCUGAUUUCUACAAAGAGUUGACUUUCAAGGAAGCCAAUAACGAAGAUCCUCUCAUGAUCCUAAAUCGAAUGGAAAUCAUCAGAUACACCUGUCAUUUAGGAUAUAAAGAUUGUAUUUUAGAAGCCGUUCAACAAUUCCAAAAUUGGAGAAAUAGUCCCAAUCCAGAUCUGGAAAACACUAUCAACCCAGAUUUGCGUGAAACUGUCUACUGCACAGCAAUCAGCGAUGGAGGUCAAGAAGAAUGGGACUUUGCCUGGAACAUGUAUUUGAGCAGCAACGUGGAAGGCGAUAAGGAAAUCAUUUUGUCAGCAUUAUCAUGCUCUAAGGAGGUUUGGAUAUUAAGCAGGUAUUUAGAAUGGUCAAUAACAGAAGACUCUGGAAUUAGAAAGCAUGACACAGCAAAAGUAUUCGCAUGCGUAUCGGAGAAUCCUAUAGGCCAUGACUUGGUUUACAGCUUCUUAAAAACUAACUGGAAAAGAAUAACAAAAUAUCUUGGGUCUUCAUCAAGUUCAUUCAGCAGUAUUAUUACAACCACUACAGCAAAAUUCAACACAGAAGAAGAAGUAAAUGACUUCAAGUCAUUCUUCCAAAGGAAUAAAGAAGAAUUUGGCGUAGCAUUUCGUACAGCCCAACAAGCGAUAGAAUUAGGAGAAGCCAACACUGUAUGGAUGAAGAAAUAUUUCAAUACAGUAGUUUCGUGGUUCAAAAACACGAAACUAUAUUAAUUUCAUCAACAACUGAACAUUUUUUUUACCCGUGUAUAUCUCAUUAAUCAAUCCCUAUAUUAUAAGUAAUUUAAGUAAGUCAGAUGUUAAGUUUAUUAUGGAUGUAAAUAUUUUAGUUAAUAAAUGUACCUAUUUUUAAAAUAUAUCAGUUAGCUACAAAGAAAAUAGUUAUUAAGUAAGUUUUAAAACUCGUAGGUAAUACAUAGUUAAUAUCAAAAAUCUCGAAGCAAAUUUAUAAUAUAUUCAAUUACUUUAAGUAAAAAACUUAUC